AUUUAUCGGAGGAAACCCGGAAGAGGAUUAUGGAGCGGAGGUUAUACAGAGCAGCAUUAUGGCGAUCGUCUUGUGAAGCAAUGAAGACAAAGCGGUCAAAAGUACACCCAUGUUGUUGAUCUACAGAGGCGCAAAGUGGUCUCGCUUGUGACCGACCGACCAUUUCGCAAUCAUUCGCACGCACCCCUUCAUCUUAGUGAAAGUCCGUCCAUGUUCUUUUCCAAUAUUUUGCGUUGUUGCAUUGAGACGUAAAUACUCAGCUGUAUUUUAAAUACUUCAUAAUCUUUAUCGCCUGCGAGAGACAUGGGAAAUGGAAUGAACAAGGUUGUUGAUGGGCUCUACCUGGGAAAUAUCAGAGACUCUGAGAACAGAGAAAGUUUGUCCCAGAACAACAUCACCCACAUCCUGUCUGUGUACAACAAUGCUAAACCCGUGCUGGAGGACAUGACCUACCUGUGUAUCCACGCAGCUGAUGCGUCUAGCCAGAACCUGUCACAGCAUUUCAAAGAGAGCAUCAGGUUCAUCCACGAAUGUCGUCUAAAUGGAGGGGCCUGUCUGGUGCACUGCCUGGCCGGUGUGUCCCGUAGUACUACCAUGGUGGUGGCCUACCUGAUGACCGUCACCACCUACAGCUGGGAGGAGUGUCUGUCGGCUGUCAAGGCUGUGCGUUCCUUCGUAGGCCCGAAUUAUGGCUUCCAACAUCAACUACAGGAGUACCAGAUGAACCAAGUCACAGAGAUCUACACCAAAGUGUUUGCUGGUUUCAAAUACCGGGCGUGGCUGCGGGCCAGUUUCCGCCCCAGUCCCUUCAAGGACCAGGAGCAGGUGGGAGCACUGCUGAACCAGUACAUAGAGCAGCAGCAGCAGGAGAACCAGAGGAGAGGAGGGGACCACGGCUGGAUGAACCAGGCCUCCAGUGUCUACCCUCUACCCUACAAUGCCUACAACGGCUCUGGGGGCAACAGAUGAACCAAGGGGCCUCGAGUCUCCCUGGUCCCACCAACCUCCAGCUCAGGCCUGCCUGGAGAGUGAGACAAUGGCCCAGUCCCAAAAUCACCCCUAGGCACUUAGAUCUGAAAGGAUCGGAUGGGUGUAAGUAGGGCCAGGGGUUUCACUUGACCAAGACAUUCUCCAGACUCUAGUCCUAAGCAAUAUGGGGAUAGCUCCACCCUGCCCUCUGAUAGACUUACAGGUCCCAAGUGCAUAGGGUUAUUUUGGGGGCAUUGGCUAACUGACUCUCUCACCACUGCACUACCUCCCAUGUCCCUCGCCACCUUCACCACUGAACUGACCUUAGUGCAGCCUGAUCAGGAGCUCUGAUGCUCACUGAAGCCUUAGUCCAAACACCUCCACACCUCAACACCUUGACCUUACAGCCACAUACUACCAUGAGGCUUCACCUGUCCUAUAACCUCAACUCAUCUCUAAACCCAACGGGUCAACUUUUAAGGCCAAACAGAUAAAGAAUCGUAGGACUAGCAGUUUUUUUUCGUAAUCAUCUGCCUAAGACCUAUAACUAGGACCUGGUUAGGUCACAUGAUCAGGAAAAAGUCCUGCACAUAACAUUACAUUUUAAUCAAUUAUUAUUAACAUGUUUAUCAAAAUGUUAUUACAUGGUACCAUGAUUACAUCAUGUUAAAUGCAGUCCGCUGGUUAGAUGGAGGAUCUGAUUGGUGUUGAGGGUUGAAUGGACAUAUGAAUGAACAUAAGAUGCUCUCCGCCCUAAUUUAAGCUGAUCCAGCUACUGUAUACCUGCAUGUGAUAAAGCUUUAAAUAACAGCAGCUUUGCCAUAGAAAAUGAAUGCCUCAUUCCAGUUAGUAAAAUGAAGGAUCAUUACAGCCCAAAGCCAUAAUAUGAGGUCUUCCUAAAAUCUACUGUAAAUCUUCUUCUUCUUUUAAGAUCUUUGUUAAAUGUUUAGUGGUACAAAUUAUGUUGUAUCAUAGUGUAUGUAUCUGCUUUAUUAAUAUUGUAAUGUACACUUUCAUUGUUUGCCAAAAAAAUAUGCUAAUAAAUACUAUUAUGAAGCCAAA